GGGGAGGCUGUAUCCAUUAGACGAACAAUAAUAAAACAGAGUAUUGUGCUUACACAAUUGGUAACCGGUAAAAUGUGUGUACAUGACAGGGAUCAACAAAGAGACUACGGGACAGAAUGCUCCUUCACCAAACAUCGAUGAAAUUCCAUCGGAUGAACAGAAAGUGACAGAUGCGAAUAUCCUGAAACUAGCAAGGCUUCUACCACCUAAUCUGUGGAGCCCUCUUUACGUUGCUCUUCGCAUCGAUUACAGCAUCGCUAAAGGUAUCAGAGAGAAUUCUAGAGAGAUGAAUGAGCAGUACAUAGAUCUCCUUCAAAUAUGGAAAUCUGCAUCAACUCGGACUAGAAAGGAUUUAAAUGCGAUCCUCAUCCAGGCAGAAGCAGGAGGAUUUGUAGACAAGUAUUUGGAUUCGGUGUAAAACCAGAAAGAGAGAUUAAGAUAGAGUAAGAGAGAGAGGGAAAGAGAGAGAGA